GAAAACUGAAAGUACAUGAACUGGUUUAUCGACAAGAAAAUGGUUGUGAGAUUACCGAAGCCUCCUCCUGUGUUCUGCCACAGCUGUCUCUUGACGCCGUUGACCGUACGGUUUCGGAGCAGUUCGAAUCGACCUAUCAAGAAAGAAUCCGACACAACGGUGAAAAUGGCGGCUGCAGGCGAAACGGCGCCGUCUAAUUCCACCCCCGUCAUCGACUCUCAUCUCCACAUUUGGGCUUCUCCUCAAGAGGCUGAGGUUCAUCCUUAUUUUCCUGGACAUGAACCAACUUUGCAAGGGGAUGCCGAAUUCUUGCUCAAGAACAUGGAAGAAGCAAGAGUAGAUGGAGCGCUCAUUGUUCAGCCAAUCAAUCACAUGUUUGAUCAUUCUUUAGUAACAAGUGCCUUGAAGAAAUACCCAUCAAAGUUUGUUGGCUGUUGCUUAGCAAAUCCCUCGGAAGAUGGAAGCGGAAUCAAGCUCCUCGAGAAUCUCAUUGAAAAGGAUGGAUAUCGAGCUGUUCGGUUCAAUCCCUAUCUGUGGCCUGAUGGCCAGAAGAUGACCAAUACUGUCGGUAAGGCCUUGUUCUCGAAAGCCGGGGAGCUCGGUGUGCCUGUAGGCUUUAUGUGCAUGAAGGGUCUGAAUCUGCACAUUUCAGAAAUAGAGGAGCUAUGCACCGAAUUUCCGACAACGACAGUUUUACUCGAUCAUAUGGGAUUCUGCAAAGCGCCUCGGAACGACGAGGAAAGCCUUACCUUUACUCGACUCCUGAAUCUCUCGAGAUUUCCGCAGGUUUACGUCAAGUUCAGCGCUUUAUUCAGGCUAUCGAGAAACGGUUUCCCGUAUCAGGACCUAUCUCCUCUCCUUUCUCGGGUCGUGUCCCGUUUCGGGGCGGACCGUGUCAUGUGGGGAAGCGACUUUCCGUUUGUUGUUGCUGAAUGUGGAUAUAAAGAAGCUAAAGAAGCUGUCGCCAUUGUUGGCGAGCAAGCAUCCUUGUCAAGCUCCGAGAUGGAUUGGGUUUUGGGCAAGACUGUGAUGCAGCUCUUCCAUGGAAGCUGGUCCGGUCUUUAGACAUCGCACUUGUAAAACCCCUGUAAGAAAACGAUGCGGAUCAGACUGUGAAUUUAUUGUAUCGGAAACCCGAAAAAUGGAUCGAUGGCUCGUGAACCGGUUUUUUAAACGAGCCGGAAAAAUCAUGGCUCGUCUCGCCAAGAAACGAGAUGACUCGUGAAUCCUAUGUCGUUUUUUACA